AUGCCACAUUUGCAAGUGCGAUUUGUUCAGUCCAUGAAGGGGCUUCUCGAAGAGAAGGUGAACACCAGUGAUACUGACAUGUUCGCGCUGACCGAAAAGGUGCUGAAGGGCUCCCGGAACUCCGAACUGCUAGGAACCUUGAGAUUUGGUGCAGGGAUCCUUGGAAAUUCUUCACUUCUUUGUCUUUAUAAUGUUAUUUUGCUCAAUGAACAGGUCUUGAGACCCACAGACUUGAUUCUUAACCAAUUGGUCUUAGCUAAUAACAUCUUGGUUCUUUUCUCUGAAGGGAUCCCUCGGACACUUGCAGUUUUGGGAUUAAAAUCUUUCCUGGAUGAUGUCGGAUGUAAAUUUGUCUUCUGUUUGUACAGAGUGGCCAGAGGUGUUUUCCUCAGCACCAUCUGCCUCCUCAGUGGUUUCCAGGCCAUUCAGCUUUGCCCCGGUUCCUCUGGGUGGAUGGCGCUCAGAAUUAGAUCCACAGUGUGCAUUGGCUUCUGCUGUUUCAACUGCUGGAUUCUGUAUCUGUUGUUAAAUACAGUUAUUAUUACAGAUGUAACUGGCCCAAAGAAUAGCAAAAACAUGACUAUGAUGGGCAUUUAUAGAUAUUGUUCCUCACCCAUUCCUGAGAGCUUUGUAUUCUCUGUAACUGUCAUUUAUGCCUUCACUGAUGUUAUGUGUUUGGUCCUCAUGAUGUGGAUUAACAGCUUCAUGGUCCUUGUCCUGCUCAGGUACAAGCAGCGAGUCUAGUACAUUCACAGCAACAGCCUUUCCCCCAUGCACCAUCCUGAUCCUGGCUUCCUGACUUUCGGCGCCUUUGUGUUCAUUUUCAGUAAUACCCGAAUCUCAAAGUUUUGCUUUGUCUGCUGGACAAGAAAAACAAAUGGAGUAAGCAUGGUCUCUAGUCCAUGA